AUGGCCGCUACCAAAGUCCUGCUCAUUCCUGAGCUACUAGAAGAGAUCCUCUUGGAUCUAGACAUGACCACUCUGCUGGUGUCGGCGCAACGAGUGAACCGACUCUGGUUUGAUGUCAUCAGCCAGUCCAAGAGACUUCAACAGGCCCUCUUCUUCACACCCAUCAACCCUGCCCUCAAGCCCUCACUGGCCUACUCAAAACCCAAAACCUCUCCUCUUCGCGGACACAGUCCCUAUCACAAAGAAAUUGUCUCUACCCUCAACCCAUUACUGGAAAAGCACUUCGGCCCUGUCUUCUUCAGCAGCGGCAACAGCCCCUGUAUCCUCAACAAAAACAACUUCUCCAAAUCCCUCGAAUGGGGCCCUGACUACCGCGACGAGGAUGGCAUGCCUUCGAAAACCCUUUCUCGACACAAAGCAUUCACUCGCGCCGGUGCCAGCUGGCGGCGCAUGUUAGUAUCGCAACCAGCACCACCGGCCCUGGGCUUCGUCUGGUGGGAGCACCGCAGCCGAUUACAAAAUGUCUAUGAAUACAUCAUCCGCAAGUCCCGCUGCUCUUCGCCACCAUCCUCCGCGUGCUCCGCCUCCUCGGCCUCCUCAGUCUCCUCAUUGUCCUCCUCGUCUUCGGCAUCUUCUACCGACUCCUCUGAGUCAUUACCCUUAUCCGAGACCGGACUCCGGUUUGGUUCAUUAUACGAUCUGGUUCAGGACCAAACCAGUGCGACUCUCAACCUGGGAUUCUACGUCGGCUGGGGGAACUACAUUCCCGUCGGCAGUGAAGUCGCAUCUCUGAGCGAGGAGAUCCUCAAAGAGACUAGCGUUGUAGUUCAAUUCUUCCCAGAUGUUCGAUCAGAGGGUGGUGAUCUCGCUGAUGUGAAGACGUGGGACAAUACUUUCCGCAGCGAGGAUUUCCAGCUGCCGGACAGCGAACUUGUGGACAAGGCCGUGUUUGAAUACGGACUUUAA